AUGGCCGAGCGGUCUAAGGCGCUGCGUUCAGUAACUUCGGAGCUGUUCUCCUCAGCCGAGAAACGUGAUGAUUGGGAGCGGAUCGUCGGUGGAACGAAGGCGGCGAACGGAUCUUACCCUUACCAGGUCUCCUUGAGGCUGUACGGAGUCUGGCACUUCUGCGGAGCGUCGCUGGUCACGCCGAGGGUCAUUUUGACAGCCGCACAUUGCGUUGACAGAUUGAAACCGGAAUAUUUCAAGGCGACAGUCGGCACAAACCAGCUACGGGCUGGAGGCACGUCCUAUGGCAUACGAAAAGUGGUCGUCCACGAAAACUACGACGACUAUAUAAUCAAGAACGACAUAGCUAUAGUGUUUACUGAAGACGAAAUAGAAUUUGGUAGCAAAGUUGAUGCUAUUGAGCUGAACGACGAGCCAGUUGAGAAGGGAGAGGAUUUGGUACUGACCGGUUGGGGCACGACCUCUUAUCCCGGUCGACUCCCGAAUGAUUUGAUGGAGAUAGACCUAAAGGCCAUCACCUACGAGGACUGUAAGCAAGCUCACGAAAGCGUCAACGCUGUCUUCGAGACUCAGAUUUGUGCUUUAACUAAAGCUGGCGAAGGAGCCUGCCACGGCGACUCAGGAGGACCUCUGGUCAGGGAAGGGAGACAGGUUGGCGUGGUGUCAUGGGGCAUACCUUGCGCGAGAGGCAAACCUGAUGUAUACACUAAAGUGGAAGCAUUCAUGAGAUGGAUAGAGAAUACUCUAUACGAAGACGACGAAGAUCACCUGAAAUAUUUAAACCGUAGAAAAACGAAUAGACACUAAUGUUCUUAUUAAGUCAUUAUUAUGAAUCCUUCGAAGACAUAAAAGGCGAAAAGGAGACGAUUUCUGACGACAAAUUCCACAUAUUUACAGUAAUACUAGAAUAUGAAAAUUUUAUAUACAAACAAACUGAUAAAAUAAAUAUAGUUUCCAUAUUAUUAAGAGAGAUUUAGUUUAAAGCUACGAUUAUAUAAUAAUAAAAUAUUUACCGUCAUUUUUAAGCCAUUGCAUAGCUUUUAUCGCGGGCUUUGAGUGCGGCGACCGAAUCAAGAAAUUCCGUAACGAAAAUAAAACCUUACACCCAACACUAGUUCGCGUUCAACACAUUCACACGUUGCGCUUGUGUAGUGUUUGUGAAUAAGCGCGCGGCGUGACGUCGCACUGUAUGCGCAUCAUGAAAAGUCUGCCCAUCUUUCUCUCCCGCGGUCUAGCUUAUGAGUGUGAAGGGUACAGUUAAUGUUUUGUUUCGUUAAUGUUUAUAAAUAUAGCGUGGUCUUAUUUUAUUAUUGUUUUAAUAUUAAAUUAUUAUUGUCUUGCAUAAGUUGUAAUUGUAUUGCAUAAGUUGAUAAAAAAUGCUAUGCAAUAAGCUUUACCGCGACAGUCCCCGACUACACGGGUUUUUUUUAUAUUAAAUUGAUUUACUAUCAAAGUUUGAUUGAACACAAUUAGCGUACCUACAUCAAGCAGUGAAGCAGUAAUGCGUUUCGGUUUGAAGGGUGGGGCAGCCGUUUUAACUAUACUGAGACCUUAGAACUUAUAUCUCAAGGUGGGUGCCGGCAUUUACGUUGUAAAUGUCUGUGUGCUGCGGUAGUCACUUAACACCAGGUGGGCCGUGAGCUCGUCCACCCACAGAAGCAAUAAAAGGAAUAACAAAAAACACACAAAAUGAAAAUGUUAUAAAAACUUUAUUGAAUACCACAUGCAUAAAACUAAUAUCACAGGGAUCAGUCAGUGAACGCAAACCGGAUGAAAACAGCAAGAGGGAACCAUUUGACGUAAUUCUUUAAAUCUCAAAUUAAUCACUACAUAGUAUAAAACAAAGUCGCUUUCUCGGUCCCUAUAUCCCUAUGUAUGCUUAAAUCUUUAAAACUACGCAACGGAUUUUGAUGCGGUUUUCUUUAAUAGAUAGAGUGAUUGAAGAGGAAAGUUUAUAUGUAUAAUAACAUUCAUUAAAUAGUGGAGAAAUCAAUAAUAAAUUACAGUUUCCGAAGCGAAGCGAAGGCGGGUCGCUAGCAACACAUAAAAGCGCUGAGCUCCAGCUGGAUUAGUUAUUGGUUCCCUCUCGCUCAAACACAUCCGAUUGGUAAUAUUUGAUUUAAAUAUAUUAGUUUACAAAACGAACGAUUAAUGGUUUUUUUUGGCGAUCAAGAAAACUCACCGAACUAAAAUAAAUAAAGUUCCAAAAAUCAGUUCAGUUCUUCGAAGAAUAUAUACAUAAUAUUAAUAUAAAUGAAUAAAACGCAUACACCUUAACUUUAUAUUAAUAACUUAUUUUAUGAAAUAAAGAAUACGUUACUUGAAAAUAAUUCCGUUGUUUGAUUCUAAAAGAUCAGUGUUCUUUUUAAGCUAUGCAUAGAUUUUAUCGCGGGCCUUGAGCGCGGCGACCGAAUUCAUGAAAUUCUGUAACGAAAAAAACCUUACACCCCUCACUCCGCCUACCAUGUAGCUCGCGUUCAACACAUUCACACGUUGCGCUUGUGUAGUGUUUGUGAAUAAGCACGUGGCGUGACGUCACACUGCAUGCGCAUCCUGAAAAGUCUGCCCAUCUCUCUCUCGCGCGGUCUAGCUUAUGAGUGUGAAGGGGACAGUUAAUGUUUUGCUUUUAUUAAUGUUUAAUAUAGCGUGGUCUUGUUUUAUUAUUGUUUUAAUAUUAAAUUAUCAUUGUCUAAUCAUAAUUGCAUAAGUUGAUAAAAAAUGCUAUGCUAUAGCUUUACCGGGGCAGUUCCCGAGUGCCACACGUUUUUUUAAUUAAACUCAGUCUGUGUGAUGUCCGAAUCCAUUUUAAAGAUUAUUAACAUCAAACAAUAAUAGCAUACACACAGACUGUUAUAACUACACUGAUUUAAGAAUUCAAGAAUUUUUUUACGGAAAAAUAUGUUUUAUAAUAUGUAAAAAAAGUUUUAAUUAUUUCUAUGACGCGCGAAUACUGAAAAUAGGAUUAGUAAGUGCGUUGACAAGUAUUGUACGCUUCCCUUCAAAAUCUUUAUAAAUUUUAAAAGCCCUUUCCCAUUUAGGACCCUUACGAAAAUAUUUCAUGCAAAUCGUACAUUUGAUCAAAUCAUAAUCAUAUAAGUUUAAGAGCUAUAGCUAAUUAGGUUUCUAAUAAAAACACACAAAAACCAUGCUUUUAAUGUCACAGUGGCGCUACGCUUGGUCCCAAUGAUUUUUUAUACAACAGAUAUGUUAUCUUCAUAGUAACUGACUCUUCAAAUCUGAUCGCGCCAUAUACAGUCAAACCUGGAUAAGCGAGAGUUCAAGGGAGCACAAUCUCAUACUCGCUUAUAGAGGUUUCUCACUAACCCGAGUUUCUCGCUAAUGCUCCCUGUGAAUUUCAUUUCGCGAUUUUCCGGUUUCAAAGGCGUUCAUUAUUUUAAGUUUAUCACUUAAUGGCAGUAUUUUAAUUUUCCGUUUUGACAUGAUGCAGAACAGAACGUUUCUUCGCAAUUGAUUAACGAUAAACUGAGUAAGUCCGACAAACAGGACGGUACAGAGGCACACGUGUCCACUCGAAAAGAAUGCGAUAAAAUAACAACGUUAUUUAGUUCCACCAAAUAGAACAGGUUCAAUAUUGACGAGAAAACAAUACAAAAACAAUGGUAAGAACUACCACGAAAGUCAAGAAUGAGUCAUAAAAUAGCAGAUGUUAAAUUUGUAAUUUGUUUUGUCAUUUGUUCUUCCUAAAUAAUAUAAAUAAAUAAAGCUCGACUGUCGUUUAUAGAGGUAUAGAUAUAGCAGUCUCACUUACGGAGGUCCAUGAGGGAAAAACGACUCUCUCUUAAAGAGGUUUCUGUUUCUGGCUAAUAGAGGUUUUGGGAGCUUAAAAUGACGGGUCCUGGCUAUUACUCUCACUUAUAGAGUUUUCUCACUUAUCCAGUUCUCACUUACCCAGGUUUGACUGUAUAUCUACAUACCUACCGAUAUAGUGCACACACAUGUUGACAAGUAGCAUUAAUGAAGAGUACAAAAGAUGGGAUAAGCGCGUGAGUAAAAAAGAUAGCUAUAAUUGGAACGAUUGCACUUGUUUUAUUAUUAUUGCAUUUGUUUAGACGCGACUAAAGACGAAACGUCCCAAUUGGCCUGUUUUCGAGUCUUCACUUGACGUGCGCUUGAAACGUAUCUGCUUCUUUUUACAUAUAAAAUAUCAUUGCUUGGUCCUAAGAACUUAUUUUGUGUAAGUUAAUGUUUAGAGCAAAUUUUUGUAUGGCUUAUUACAAGAACGCAUUAUUAAGCUUCAAAAUUAGACAAGCAAACCGCUUAGUCGAUGCUAACUGGUCGUAGGAUUAUUUAGUUCGCAAACAGAUUGAACUUUUAAACUAAACUUGAAUCAAUUAAGCUACACAAUUAAUACUUACUUAUUCACGCUUACUUGAAGUUACAUUUAAGCGAAUAAAGACAACAGUAAAAUUUUAGAAUAAUAUCGAGGGGUUUGGUUUAAGCAACAUUUUUGCAACUCUACAGGAGAGCCAUUUAAAGUUUAAAAUUUAGAAAAAAUUAUAACAAAGAAUUGCAACUCUAUAGGAGAUAGUUAUAGCUAUAGGAGAUAGGAAGCUGGUGCAAAAACUGGACCAAGGUGGUCACGACCCUCAGCAAUGAGGAAACGACAGAGAAGAAGAAGAAGGAGAUAGUUAAAUGGUUCUGUUUGAAAUUUGGAAAAAAUGUUAUAACAAAAAAAAAUCUUCUGCUAUUUUGAAUGAAGUAAACUUAAUUAAAGUUCAAUUAAAAACAUCGAACUGUUGAUACUAAUCUUAUCUUUAUAUAUAUUAAUUACGUGUCACGUUGUUUGUCCGCGAUGGACACCUAAACUACUGAACCGAUUUUAGCUUUUUUUUUUGUUUAAUAUGAGUUUUGUUCCAACUUAGGCCAUAGGAUGGUUUUUAUUUCAAUUAAUGGUCGCAAUAUUUAUUAAUUAACAAUAAAAUGAUUUCUGAUGUUGAUUAUUGUUAUUAAUUGUAAGUUUCAUAAGUAUAAAACAGAUGGCGCCUUAAAUCAGUUUCCACAGACAAUUGUAAUACUGUCUGACGUUAAUAUUUCAUAGAUGGCGCUGUGUUAAAAUACCAACGUUUCAUAUAAGCUACAACUUAAUGGCAUAAACACCACGUGUUGCUGAGGCUAUAGUAUAAGUGAAAUUCAUUUCAUAGUAAACGGGAUACUGUGAAAUCCAAUUGUUUUUACUUUGUUAAUUUUUGGUAUUGGCAUAGCCAGUCACGUGCUAUUUAGAAACAAAAGCCUUAGCCACAGCAACAUGAGGCUGGGUCUCCUAGUACAAAAUAAAACGGACCUUUAAUUACUAAGAUAAAUGUCGCUUAAACUAAUUACCCCUCGAUAUGAUUUUUUUUAAAUAUAAAUAAAUAAAUAACCGAUUAUUCCUCUUUUGUUGUCAUCCUUGUAAAGUAACAACAAACUCAGUGUGGAUGUUUUUUUUUGUUUUUUUUAAUUCGGAAAAAAUCGAUUAUUCAUUUCUAAUAAUUACUCGGAUUAUUUGUUUAAAUCAUUUCCAAAAUGUAAAUAGAGACGACGAAAAUCAAUAUCCUGAGCCUGAUCCAGACGUAAUCGAUUAUUCCGAGCACGUCAUCAUUGAAGAUGUAAUCGUAGAAGUUUGAAUAGGCAUUGUUCUCGCCAGUUGAUUUAGUGUUCGCAUCUCUAUCGAAGUCCCUGCCGAAGAUACCAGCGCUGAAGACUCGGGCUUCGGUAAGCUCGAUGCUGGCGAGCUUCUGGUCCGUGACUUUCGUGUCGAACUUAAAAUUAUCCAAUGGAACAGUAUCAGCCGCCACCACCAUCGGGUACAGCGCUGUGUUGCUUUUCGAGAAAUUUCCACUGAUGUUGAUUUGCUCAAAGAUCACGUUCAGUUCGCCCCAUUCGAUC